AUGUCUUCCCAGCCAUACCAGAACGUUAUUCUGCUUCCACAGACCAAUCAACUUUUGGGCCUUUACACCAUUAUCAGAGAUCAAAGUACACGCAGACCUGACUUUAUCUUUUAUGCAGACCGUAUCAUUCGUUUGCUAGUCGAAGAAGGCUUGAAUCAUCUUCCAGUGACCCCCAAGACGGUGGAAACUUCCACGAACCAGAAAUUCGAAGGUGUGUCAUUUCUGGGCAAAAUCUGCGGAGUUUCCAUUGUCAGAGCCGGCGAGUCAAUGGAACAAGGUCUCAGAGAAUGUUGCCGUUCUGUGCGUAUUGGGAAAAUCGUGAUCCAGAGAGAUGAAGAAACAGCCUUGCCAAAGCUUUUUUAUGAAAAAUUGCCAGAGGACAUUUCCGACAGAUAUGUGUUCUUGUUGGACCCCAUGUUGGCCACCGGAGGCAGUGCCGCCAUGGCUACUGAGGUUUUGAUCAAAAGAGGUGUCAAACCUGAACGCAUUUUUUUCCUCAACUUGAUCUGUAGUAAGGAAGGUGUUGAUCUCUUCCACGCCAGGUUCCCCGAAGUCAAGAUUGUGACAGGUGCUAUUGAUUCUGGUCUUGAUGAAAACAGAUACCUGGUUCCCGGAUUGGGCGAUUUCGGAGACAGAUAUUAUUGCAUUUAG